GCAGAUAAGUGUUGAGCUCGGGCUGGAUUAGGGCUCAGAGUUGCACGGAGUGUGAUUGAGGUGGCGCGGCGAGAGUGGAGGACGCGCGCUCAGGGGAACAGACGGACAGACUGACUCAGUUGGCCGGGCAGCAGAGAGGUCUGAGCUGCAAGUCUUCCUUUCCUCCCACUUCCUCGGCACCUGCCCGGAGCAAGCGCCUGUGGCUGCCGGCCCGGGGUUUCGGGGAGUGCCUGGAGAACCCGCGGCCCGGGCGCGGCUGACAGCGGAGAGCAGCGGCGGGAAGUUUCCCGGCCCGGAGCCCGGGGACGAGCGGCCCCGCGGCCCGGAGCGAACUUUUGCGGAACUCGAGCGCGGGGCUGAGGAGGGUCGCUCAGAAGGGACCGUCCCGGAGGCCGCCUGCGAGCGGCCACUGCCCCCGGAGGAGCCGGCGCCCGGCACCCCGCGCCCGCGCCUCCUACGGCGCGACCGGCUUGGCCUUCCCCGCGCAGCCCCAGCCCCAGCCGCCGCCGCACCCCCUGCCCCAGCAGCUCCCCGUGCAGCAUCCGAGGCUGCAGGCCCUGAAGGAGGAGCCGCAGACGGUGCCCGAGAUGCCCGGCGAGACGCCGCCGCUGUCCCCCAUCGACAUGGAGUCCCAGGAGCGCAUCAAGGCCGAGAGGAAGCGCAUGAGGAACCGCAUCGCCGCCUCCAAGUGCAGGAAGAGGAAGCUGGAGAGGAUCGCCCGGCUGGAGGAAAAAGUGAAGACCUUGAAAGCGCAGAACUCGGAGCUGGCGUCCACAGCCAACAUGCUCAGGGAGCAGGUGGCGCAGCUUAAACAGAAAGUCAUGAACCACGUAAACAGCGGGUGCCAACUCAUGCUAACGCAGCAGUUGCAGACGUUCUGAGGAGGGACUGUGGCGGCUGAGAGCAGAGGAGAAACAAAGUAACACAGACUGACUUGAGAACUUGACAGCUUGCGACCCAGAGAGAAGUGUCCGAGGACUGAAGCCAAGGGUAUCCAAGUUGGACUGGUUGCCUGACGGCGCCCCCAGCGGGCAUGAGUGGGAAGGACUUGGCGGGGAGCCCCGGAGCGGCUGUCCGCGGGCUGCCCCCUCUGCGGACGACGGGCUGUCCCCGCGCGUACGGGGCGAGGGACUCUUCAACAUUGACCAAGAACUGCAUGGACCUAACAUUCGAUCUCAUUCAGUAUUAAACGGGGGGCGGGGGGUUCCAAACUGCUCUAGAGACUGUAGCUUGCUUCCGUAGUGCUCCUUAAGAACAAAAGGGGAGGGGGCGGAGGGAGGGAGGGUGUGAGGCCAGGCUGAGCCUGCAGGUGAACGCUUUCUGGCCUGCCUUCCUCAACUGUUUAUGUACAUAUAUAUAUAUUUUUUAAUUUGAUAAAAGCUGAUUACUGUCAAUAAAACAGCUUCCUGCCUUUGUAAGUUAUUUCAUGUUUGUGUGUCCUGCCCAGUGUUGUUUGUAAAUAAGAGAUUUGGAGUACUCUGAGUUUACCAUUUGUAAUAAAGUAUAUAAUUUUUUUAUGUUUUUUUCUGAAAAUUCCAGAAGGGAUAUUUAAGAAAAUACAAUAAAAUAUUGAAAAGUACUCCCCAAAUUAUGUUCUGCCUUAUCUAUAAAGCUAGCUAGAUGGAGCUGAAAGAGUUGAGCGUCAGUUAAAAUCACUUGUAGUGCUUCUUGCUAUCAAGCAGUGUAAACUGUAUUCUCUACUAGACUUUAGAAACAAAUACACCUGAUGCUACCAUCAGGUUAUACCCUUUCCUUCUCCACUGCUGUAAAGAAUUGCUUACCAAAAGACAGUGUGGUGUCCCAGGAAGCUGGAAGAAGGAAGGCUGCCAUGGGAGCAGCCUGGGUAAUGCCAACACUUAAAAGUUUGGGAUUGUAUCAAGUGGCAUGUGUCAUUAUCCUUGAUAAUGUGGGUAGAGAUUUAACAAUAGAUACUUAUUCUCAAAGGAGAGCUUGUGGCAGACUUUGCAAAAGAUGUAUCUAUCCAAUUUGGAAUCUUUCACAGUGCCUAGAUUUUAAAAAAUGGCCUUUGCUUAUGAAUAUAACAGCAUUCUUGUCACAAUAAAUAUACUCAAAUAAUAAUAA